AUGGCUUCUGCAAGGAAGGGAACUGAGAAGCGGCAUAACCCAGUGGAAAGCAUCUGUAGAAAAAUCAGAGCCAUCCAAAAGAGAGAAGUAACUUCACAUCCAGUUCAACAGAUUAUCAAAUACCAAUCUAGAAGUUUUGAUAGGCCACAAACCAACACCAAGAAAAAUUUUGAAGAGGUACUGAGGAAAAUGACUGCUGCUCACCUUCCUACGCUCAAUUCUCAUUUCUCAAGUUCUGAGAAGGUUGACAACUUCAUUUCUUCUCCUCAAAUAAUUUCUCCAAGAACCCCAUCCAUCGCUCACCUCAGCUCUCCUGAGGAUGCAACAUACUCUGUUAUUCUCACAAGUUCUGAAAGCAUCUCAACACUGAGAUCACAGAGCAACCAGAAUUAUACAUCUUUGAUAUCACAUACCAGAAAUGAGGAUUGUUUAUCUAACAAGGAUUUGAAUAACUAUUGUAGUGAAAGGAAUUUUAGGACCUUAGCACUUGACUUUGAUUCUGCUUCUGGUCAGAGCUCUGACUUUUUCACUCCUAAGGAUUCAGUGGUGAAAAAAUUAUCUCUUAAUGAAGAUGAAUGGAAACUAGGAACUGAUGAUGGCAAAGAUGGAACUUACAGCAUCAACAGGGCCUGUGAAGAGGAGUUACUCACGAGAAUUUUUCAUGCAUGUGACACAAAAUGCAGAGGCUCAGUAGGAGUAGCCAAAAUAAUAGAUUACCUGAGACAGACAACUAGCCAAGAUUCUGAAGUCAGUGGCCUUGAGGAGCUGUGGAACAUGAUUGAUCCUGAAAAGAGAGAUCCACAUGUGGAUCUGGGAACUUUCCAUGCUGUCAUGAAAGAAUGGAUGGCUUACUGCAGGAACAAACGGGAAGGAGUGAAUAGUGGAUUAAGUGGCAUCUUCAGUCGUUCUGUUUUUGAAGAACAGGACAGCAUAAAACCAGGUGGAGCAAUUAAGAUGAUCACAGAUAUAAGAGAUUCUGCAUCGGGAAGCUUCGAGGCUUUGGCUGGAGACAUGUCUAAGGGUGUCUUGGAGGUGCCUGAUUUGAUUACAUAUGUAGCAGACCUAUAUUUCAACAAGCAGAAAUUGGAAGAGGAAAACAGUAAGUUUAAGUUAGCAUUAGAAACCUUGGAAGAGGCUAACAACCAUUUAACAGAAGACUGCACUGAAUUGCGCCUUCAGAUUAAAAGUGCCCACCAGUCUAUUACGAGAACAAAUCUGUUAAAAGAAGAGCUGGAGGAACUGAAAAUUAGUAUGAAUGCUUCAGAAGAGCAGAAGACCACAAUUGCAUCCCGGAAUAAACAAUUGGAGACAGAAAACCGGGAUCUGAUUCUUAAAAUUCGGAUUCUACAGGAAGAGAAUAUUAAGAGCAUUAUGGAUAUAGAUAGACUGGAGAAGAAGAUUGAGGAAUUGUCUAGAACGGAGACAGAGCACCAAAUGCAAUUACACACAUAUGAGAACACUUUGCUUAUUAAAGAUGCAAGUUUGCAGAAGAAGGAUUUAAGUAUAGAAGAACUUAAGUCAACCAUUGUAGAAUAUGGAAGCAUUAUAGAGAAUUUACGAGGGGAGAAAAAUAAACUGGCUCAUGAGUUACAGCACCUGCAGCAGGAGCUCAUCGUAAAUGGGAUCCAGCUGAAUGUCAGUGAAGAGCAUAAGGGUAUCAUCUCUGAAGGAGAAAAAUCUUUACAUUAUGAGCUCACUCUUGCUCAGUCUGCAGAGAACAAUGAAACUGAAUGGCAAUGCAAUUUAGCAAACUUGUCAUCUCUGGACAUGAUGAUGGACCAAGAAAUGCUGCUGUCACUGAGAGAGCCUGAACAAGAGGGCGUGGAAUUCACAGCAGUGCUUUGGAAGCUGCAUAAAGAAGUUUCUGAAAUUCGAACUCUCGUUAAUAGCUCCUUACAGUGGGUAACUAAUCCAGAAGUUACUGUGAAAGAAAAGUGGGAGAAGAAGCUUACUGAAUUCAAACAUAUCAUGGAAGAGAAGCUCAAUCUUUUCAUAAUAAUGCUGAACAGCUUGGAAAACCACAAAGAAUCUCUUGAUAAAGAGUUUGUCAAAUUAAUAGAGAUUUUGAAGAGAUUUAGGCUGGAAUAUUUUUGUUUCAGAGAAGAACUUCUUUCCAGUCAGAAACAAGUAGAAGCCAUUAAACAACUGCAAGAAGAUGCUGUCAACCAGGAAGCCCUCCUCAGGAAGGAGCUCCAGGAAGCCAGCCACCGGCUGGAAGUGGCAGAGGAGCAGGUUAAGGAUCGAGAUCAGGCAGCCCACUCUGCCAAUACAAAAGCUGAGUCUUUACAGCAUAAAUUGGAGGAAGCGAUUUCGGAACAACGGAACCUCCAAGCUAUAAAUACUGAAUUAUCGAAUGCUUGCCAGACACUUGAGCGGCAGACAAGAAGACUGAAAACAACAAUUGAUUUACUUCAAAAGAAGUUAAUUGAAGAGGGACUCCAUGGCUUGCUGUCGCAGAACUUUUUAGGUGAGGAAUUUCCUCACUAUGAUCCCCUGUCCUGCACAGGUACAAUUCAACAACCUCUUCAAGAAAAAUUGAAGCAGCAUUGCCACAAACCAUAUAGUGGCCAAGAAACAAGAAUACAUCCGACACCCCUGACCUUGAAACAUACAUGCUGGUAUACUCCUCUGCUGGAUGCCUUGUAUCUGGAUAGUCUUGCAGCAGUUCCAAGGCUGGAACUGACACCUUUCUCAUGUGUAGCCAACCAAAUCCAUGCUUCAUGUGAAAGGCCCAAAUCUGGAGAAGUAAAAGAUGAUACUUUGGGUGUGACAAGACGACACAAGUGCCCAGGCCCUGCCACAGGUGGCUCUGACCCAAGAACAGGUCUUUCAAGUUGCAUCAGGAUGAAUGAUGACCUAAGUAUGGAAGAGAAUGGUGUUGAAUGCUUGUGUUCUCAGAGCCCACCACCGUCCAGGGAAGAUUCCACACUACCAUCACCCAGACACACUUCCUCCACAGACAGUACUGUAGCUUCAAGUGAUUCCGGAUCAGAAAUUUUGAAUAUGGCUUCUGGUAACCCUGACUGUAAAUCACUCUGUGCAAAAGAGGAGGAUACAAGAUCAGCUUCUACCAUGACAGAGAUCCAAGGCACAAGUCCAGAUCAUGAGAAUAUUGCAUGCCAGAGCUCUAUGAGUAAGGAUAAAAUCAUAUUAAGUCUGGAAAACAAAGGGGAAUCAGAAGCAAUAGAAGAGCAUAGAAAAGAAUGUACUGGAGGAGACACUGCAGUUUCCCCUCCUCCAGCAACCACUGUGAAAUCAGUUAACUUUGUUCAAAGCGACAACACUUCUGCUAAUGAGAAGGAAGUGGAGGCAGAAUUUCUCAGAUUAUCUUUGGGAUUUAAGUGUGACUGGUUUACCUUGGAGAAAAGAGUGAAACUUGAAGAGAGGUCCCGGGACUUGGCAGAAGAAAAUUUGAAGGAGGAGAUCACUAACUGUUUAAAGCUGUUAGAGUCUUUAACACCUCUGUGUGAAGACGACAGCCAGGCCCAGGAAAUCAUUAAGAAGCUGGAGAAGAGCAUAACGUUUCUGAGCCAGUGCACAGUGCGAGUGGCCAGUAGGGCUGAGAUGCUGGGAGCCAUUACUCAGGAAAGUCGAGUCAGUAAAGCGGUUGAAGUAAUGAUUCAGCAUGUAGAAAACUUGAAGAGAAUGUACGCCAAAGAGCAUGCUGAAUUAGAAGAACUGAAACAGGUUCUUUUGCAGAAUGAAAGGUCUUUUAACCCUCUUGAAGAUGAAGAUGACUGCCAAAUUAAAAAACGUUCAGCUUCUCUAAACUCCAAGCCAUCUUCUCUUCGAAGAGUGACCAUUGCCUCUUUACCCAGAAAUAUUGGAAACGUAGGAAUGGUUGCUGGGAUGGAAAAUAACGACCGAUUCAAUAGGAGGUCAAGCAGUUGGCGUAUUUUGGGGUCAAAGCAGAGUGAACACCGUCCCUCAUUACAUCGAUUUAUUACCACCUAUUCUUGGGCAGAUGCUGAAGAGGAAAAAUGUGAACUGAAAACUAAAGAUGACUCAGAACCACCUGGAGAAGAAAUAGUAGAAAGGACAAGGAAGCCAAGUCUUUCUGAAAAGAAAAAUAAUCCAUCUAAGUGGGAUGUCUCUUCAGUUUGUGACACAAUAGCUUCCUGGGCAACAAAUCUCAAGACUCCCAUGAGAAGGGCUAACAAGGCAUUCUGGCUUUCUGUUGCUUUCAUCAUCCUGCUUGCAGCUUUGCUGAGCUUCCUCACAGGCCGAUUUUUCCAGAAGUCUGUGGAUGCAGCUCCCACACAGGAAGGGGACUCCUGGAUAUCUCUAGAACAUAUCUUGUGGCCAUUUACCAGACUCCGACACAAUGGGCCACCGCCAGUGUGA